AUAGAGUAAAGAAAGAGGAGUUUUUUUUUUAUCUAUAAAUUCUUUUACUUAAACAAUAGAAAUGGAGCCUUUGUAAUUCCAAUCUAGGCGAUUUCUUCGAUGCCACUCUCUCUAUUUCUAAUCCGCUAGACUAGACUACUAGAUUCAUUCUUCUUCUUCUUCUGGGGUUUGAUGAAUUGAAAAGUAAGGGUAACUUGAAUUACAGAAGAAAUACAAGAACCAUUUGUUAUUGUUGGUAGAAAUAUAGACGACAAGUUGUCUGUUUCCUAGACUCAAAAAUGUCUAUCUUGUCAAGGUUACGUUGUAUCACUGUCGAUGUCACUGGUACUCUUAUAGCUUACAAAGGACAACUUGGAGAUUACUACUGUAUGGCUGCCAAAUCUGCUGGGUUGCCUUGCCCAGACUACAAACGCAUGCACGAGGGAUUUAAAAUUGCAUACACCGACAUGGCAAAGCAGUACCCUUGUUUUGGUCAUGCAGCUAAAAUGCCCAACAUUGUCUGGUGGAAGACAUGUGUGAGAGACUCAUUUGUUAAGGCAGGUUAUGACUAUGACGAAGAGACAUUUGAGAAGGUUUUCAGACGCAUAUACUCAACUUUUGGUUCCGCUGCACCUUAUACCAUCUUCCCAGACUCCCAACCAUUUCUUAGAUGGGCAAGGAAACAGGGGCUCAUUGUUGGGAUUGUGAGCAAUGCAGAAUACCGCUACCAGGACGUCAUCCUUCCAUCCUUGGGUUUGAACAAGGGAACGGAAUGGGAUUUUGGUGUCUUCUCUGGACUCGAAGGUGUGGAAAAGCCAAACCCAAGAAUCUACGAGAUUGCCCUCGAGAGAGCUGGAAACAUUCCCCCGGAGGAAGUGUUACACAUAGGUGACAGCAUGAGGAAAGACUACAUUCCAGCUACAAGUCUGGGGAUGCAUGGACUACUGCUGGAUAGAUUUAAGACCCCUGACGCUCAAAGCUGGAGGGAUUCAGGUGCACCCGUACUUCCUGAUCUAGAGGCUGCAGUAACUUGGCUUACUUCAGAAAAGGCAUAGAAGCAGUAGUUUUCUUACAAAAUAAAAAAGAGAAUUAUACCAAAGUUUAAUGUUCAGUGGUGGACAGAGUUAGGUUGUCGCGGAUCACUUGAAGAAGAUUCAUUCAUACAGUUCACCACCAGCUCCACCCAAAGACGACGCUUAGAAGCUGAAUGUAGUUGUAGUUGUUAGUCUGCAGUCUUUUACAUGUUGUAAACUUGAUGACUUUGGUGGAUUCUGGUAUCCUCAUAAUGUUGUACAGAAUCCAGUUCUCUGUUGUCAUAUUAAAUUAAAUUAAGAAAUAAAAACGUUACUCUUUUUACAUGGA